AUGUGCAUCGCUAACUACAUCCACUACCAUCACAUACCCCCCUGUGACCGCCCCAUCACCUACAGCUACCACUACACAUUCUGCGCCGCAGCCCGCUACGACCCCAUAACCAGUCAGCCCCUCGACCCUUGCGGCAGCGUCUCUAGCAGUUCCCCCUAUGGCGAUCUCAACGACCCGUGUUCUAUGAGCCAGUGUAUGGUCGACCGUCGUUGCAGCUCAGGAGAGUGUCGGCUCGAAGACCUGAACGGGAGCUCUUUCGCGAGCCACUCGAUGACUCUCAACAUCCGCAAAGAAACGGGCUACAUACAAGAGAUGAAGAACAAAAUACAAUCCCAAGUAACACUCCUCGACCACAAAGUAUGGUUAACCGAUCGAGCGGUUUCACAGUGA